CUCGCCUUGUUUUGUCUUCAUGCUGUCCCGAAUUUCCCUGGAGACGUUUCUCCCAGUCGACUGAAUCUUCUGUGGCCGAGUAAAAUUUCGGCUGAUCUCGGCUAAUCAAUUUCAUCUUCUCCUUUUCUGUUCUUAUAUAUAUCCCAUACUUUCAUCGCUCUAUCCUUAUUCUGAUAUUAUUCCCGUGGAUAAUAUCUACCGUCGACUAGCUCUCGUUCCAGUAAUACAGCUAUGGGCGUUACGGUCGUCUUAGGAACGCAAUGGGGCGACGAGGGUAAAGGCAAGCUCGUCGACAUCCUCGCUGCCGACGCCGAUAUCUGUGCGCGAAGUGCUGGGGGGAACAACGCUGGGCAUACUAUCGUAGCCCCUAUAGGACCAGAGAGGGUUCCGACGACCUUUGCAUUCCAUCUGCUACCCAGUGGCUUGGUCAAUCCCAAGUGCAUAGGCCUCAUUGGCUCCGGCGUAGUUGUUCAUGUCCCUUCCUUCUUUGCUGAGCUCGACGCUCUCGAAUCGCAAGGACUCAACUGCAGCAAUCGUCUCUUCGUCUCGGAUCGUGCCCAUCUUGUAUUUGAUUUCCAUCAGAUCGUCGACGGCUUGAAGGAGGUCGAGCUCGGGAAUUCGAGCAUCGGGACGACGAAGAAAGGGAUAGGCCCGGCCUACUCUGGAAAAGCAUCUCGGUCCGGUCUUCGAGUACACCAUCUCUUUGACCAAGAAACGUUUGCUCAAAAGUUCAGGAAGCUUGUUGAAGGUCGCUUUAAGCGUUACGGGCAUUUCGAAUAUGAUACGGAAGGCGAAAUCGAGCGGUACAAGGAACUCGCCGCCCGACUGAAGCCCUUCGUCGUUGACAGCGUUGUCUACCUUCACCAAGCCAUUGCUUCGGGAAAGAGGGUCCUCGUUGAAGGCGCAAAUGCUCUGAUGCUUGAUCUGGACUAUGGAACAUACCCGUUCGUCACCUCGUCCAACACAACCAUCGGGGGUGUAUGCACUGGCCUCGGACUCCCUCCCAAACUGAUUGGGCAUACCAUCGGUGUCACCAAGGCAUACACGACCCGCGUAGGUGGCGGACCCUUUCCAACAGAACAACUCAAUGAUGUCGGUGUGCACCUCCAAGAAGUCGGUUGUGAAUACGGUGUCACCACUGGCCGUAGGCGCCGCUGCGGAUGGCUUGAUCUUGUCGUGAUGAAGCACUCGUGUUUGAUCAACGGAUACGAUCGCCUCAACUUGACUAAGCUCGACAUCCUUGACGAUCUACCCGAGAUCAAGGUUGCGGUGAAAUAUGCUGUCGACGGCAAAGCUCUGGAAGGCUUCCCAGCGGACUUGGAGCUCCUCGCCGAUGUCGAGGUGGUGUAUGUCACGUUUCCUGGCUGGAAGACGCCGAUUACAUCUGCGACGUCAUAUGAGUCUCUGCCUGAGAACUGCAAGAAGUAUGUCGAGUUUAUCGAGUCUUUCUUGAAUGUGCCGAUAGAGUGGAUUGGUGUGGGUCCCGGAAGAGAGAGCAUGAUACAGAAAGUAAUACAGUAGAUGUCCAACGUGUGUGUGUGUAGAAGGUAAAGAUAAGAAGAUAUUGCUACAUCCCGUCAAAUCGAGACUACCGUCGUAAUUAGAGAAUAAAUACUGCCUUCAUAGCUGGAAAGCAUCAUAAUCCACUUGAUCAACAACC